AUGUCGGCUACUAGCUCCAACUCACAGACCACCAAGCCAGAGGCGCAGUCGACAAAUCCCACCGAGGACAACAAGUCGACGCUUCCUUCGCUCGGUGCUCUCGACGAGGAUGAUGAGUUUGAAGAGUUCGACGAGCAGGACUGGAACGACGCAGAGACCGAUCUCUCGCACUUGACCGCAGGCACUUCGAAUGCACCUGGAGCUGGCGUCGGUCUCACCAUGGGCGCUUCGUCCGCCAGCACUGGCGACCACCUGUGGCAAGAUUCAUGGGAUGACGACACGGUCGAGGACGACUUUAGCAAGGCAUUGAGAGCCGAGCUGGACAAGCAGAGCAAUGCACCACAAGCCAUGUCCACCUAA